GUCAAAAUUGACAAACUAAAAAUAUAACCUAAUCUUUAUGAUGCAAUUCAGAAUACUCAAUAAUAAAACAAUGUUUACCUAGUGAAUUGUCCUAAUUUUAAAUAAUUCUAAUUAUUCUAUUGCCACCUGAGAUGGGUGCCUUAGUGACCAAAGCUUUGAGACCGAUAAAAACCUUUAACAUCGAAAAUCGCGCUCAUCGUGAGAUUGGAAAAGCUAAACCAACCCCGGCUCCAAGAUACCCUGAAAAUAUAGCAGAUUUGCAACGUACAUUAGAGGCGGAUCCAAAUAUAGACGAUAAACUGGAUAAAAAAAAUGAAGAGCUCGAUAAAAGAUUGAAAGACGUUUAUGUAACCUCAAUUGGAAGGCCUGAAGAUGAUAUUACUCGCGAAAAGCAGGCUCAGCGUAAGAGUAAGCGACCUUUGCCACAGGAUCGUAAAAUGCCUGAACAAUACGACUUUGGUUUCAAGGAGCCAGAGAGAAUACCAUAUGGGAAAACUACUCUUAGAGCUGCCAUAAACUUUAUAGCAGCUCACCAAGCCAAUCCCGAGGAAGUGACGGCGGCUAAAAUAGCUCUAGAAUAUAAAUUGAAGGAGGAGGAUGUUCAAAGUAUACUUAAGUAUUUCAAAACAUAUGAGGUUUACAUACCAGAGACUAAGACGUCACCGGCAAUGUUUGCAGGACCGGCUCAAAUGAGAAAACAGUUGUACAAACUUGAAACUAAGGAAUUAGAAGAUAAUAAAUCGAAGGAGGAUGCCUCCACUACUCAGGCAAAUGUGAAAGCUAAGGAAGCAGUCUAGGGAACAUAUAGUGACAUUUUAUUAAAUAAAUUCAUCUAAAUAAUU